AUGGGUCGUCGCGGCUCGGCGUUUUCACCCCACGCGCUUCGGCUAUUAGCAGUCUUACUGAUCGUCACUGCCGCACCGUUCGCCGCCGUCUCUGGCCGGCGGAUAAUGCAAGCCACAUCCGGUACAACAACAAACGCCAAUUUCGGCACCGCGACCUCUGUCGACGCGACAGCUGGCGUGUCGGCGACGGACCUCUCGGCUCUAGCAGUGGACGCGAAGACGCGCGCGGAGAUUAAAGCCCUCGCGCCGCUGAUGGGCGCCGCGGACCUGACGGGCGUCGGCAAGCCGCCCGAACGCGCGUCGUACUUAACUAAAGACGCGUUCGCGGCUGCGGCGCGCAAGUGGCUCGCGGCGGUGAGGAAGCGCGUGCAGAAGCUGAUUCAGCAGGCGGCGGGCGGAGGGGGGAAGGGGCGCGGAACGAGCAAGGGGAACAGCGCGGGCGGAAACACUGUUGGUGAGAGUCGCGCGGGGGCGCAACGAGGGGUGGAGUGCGGUGGAAUGGGACCGAAGUCUCUACACCCCCCCCAUCACCAAGGAUCUCGCGAGCUGCCCAAUCUCAACACCGUCUCGCGCUACCUCACCGUGGACCGCAGUCUGGGGUACGUCCCCCCCACGACCAAGGACCUCAAUCCCGCCAAGCUGCCGAAUCUCAACACCGUCUCGCGCUACCUCACCGUGGGCCUCACGCUCGACCCCAUCUCUCAGAAGGUCUCUUGGGAUUUCAAGAGGAGCGUGAACCACAGCAAGUUUUUUCCUGAAGACGAUUUCGACCAGGGCAACUGCGGCUCCUGCUGGGCGUAUGCGGCGGCGCGGGCGGUGCAGGGCGCGUAUGCGAAGCUGAAAGAGACGGACGAUGAUGUGUUUCCCAGCGGGAUGAGCCUGUCGGUGCAGCAGCUGGUGGACUGCACGGGCUCCUCUGCCUCGUGCCGGGGGGGGUACCCCGAGGCUGCCCUGCAGUACGUGGCGAAGAUCGGGCUGCAGGAUGAGGCGGGUUAUGCUUACACGGGGGCGAGCGGCAAGUGCAGCGUUAACAAGGACUUGGAAUUCUUCAACAUCUGCAUGUACGAGCAGGUGCCACUGCCGGGGCCGCUGGGGCUGAUUCUCGCGCUGCAGAAGCAGCCCGUUAUCGUCACCAUCCGCGCCUCCUCCCAAGACUUUAUCGACUACGCGGAGGGCAUCUACGAGGGCUUGAAGUGCUACAGCCCGGUGGGGGAGGUGUGGGCGGACACGCAGGGCAACGCGUUCAGAGCGACGGCCACAGCCACCAACAACACGGGGCUUCUGGACCACGUGAUGCUGGCCGUGGGGUAUAACUACGAGGGGCCGGGCGCCUCAAAUAACUACUUCAUUCUGAAGAACAGCUGGGGGCCGCGGUGGGGCGAGAAUGGGUACAUGCGGAUUCGCAUGGAGGGGGACGCGUUUGGCACGUGCGGCAUGCUGGUCAAUCGCGGGCUGUACCCUGUUGUGAACGCCCGCCAGACCACGGACCCCUGCGGCACGUCGCCGUGUGGGGGGGGCACUUGUGAGGCGGACACGAGUGGCAACGGCAAGUACACGUGUCAGUGCACGGACCUGCUGGUGCCAGCUGUCAACCGCGACGGCACACCCACCUGCACCAUCGUCGACAUUUGCAGCGUGCUUCCCAGCAACCCCUGCGUCGUGGGGCAGUGCAUCAACAGCGGCGACGGCGGCUACUCGUGCCUCUGCCCGCCCAACUACAAGACCAGCACUCUCGCCUCUGGCCAAAUUACAUGCGUUCCUGAGAUGUCUGGGAGUACAGCAGCAGCAGUGCAAGGCACGUACACAGUGCAGGGGGGGGAGACAUGUGGUGCCAUCUCUGGCUUCAUCGGCCUCACCCAGGAGCAGUUCCUACAGCAGAACGAGGGAGUGGACUGUGACAAUCUCAAGGCGGGUCAGGUUCUCAACAUCUCCAUUCCCUCCUCGGCUCAAGUCUGCCGCGUGCGCUACACUGUCACCCAGGCGGAUGCAGCAGCAAGGAGCUGUGAUCCCAUCAACACCCGCUUUGGCAUCGACGUCACGACCAUCAACCCCAGCCUUGACUGCUCAGCCCUGGUGCCCAACCAGCAGAUCUGCAUCCAAGUUGGAGAUGCCGUGUCAGGAGCAGCGGACUACAACCUGUGCACGGAGUAUCAGCCAGUCAGCCAGUUGUUCACGUGCGCCAGCGCCGUCGCAAACUACGGCAUGACGUGGUUCGACCUCUACCGCCUCAACCCGGGGAUCAACUGCGACACCCUCGGCUCGCUCACCGCCUCCGAGAUUUGUGUCGCUGGCACGCCGUUGGGAGCGGUGGCGUGCGGUAAGGCGCGGUCGAAGACGGUGGCAAACCGGCGGUACACGGUGGGGGCGGGGGACAGCUGUGCGUCGCUGGUGGUGGUGCAGUUCCAGCGCCAGCCGCCGCUCGUGGGCGAACUCAACCGCGGCUGGAUGUGCCGCUCCCAAAGCCUCUUCGCCGGCAUGCCCCUCUGCAUCCCCUCCUAG